AUGAGCGGGGACAAACUAAUCGCUUCGACGCAGAAGCAGAAGAGGCCUUUCAUACAGUUGCCACUCUCGUUGGCCCAGCUCGUCGAUGACCGGUUCGACGAGGACCAACACGAUCAGGCAGUGGAUCUUUUGGAGCAGCUCACCACCGAAAGGAUCAAGCCCUCCAAAAGCUUGAUACAGAAGCUCGUAGCUCUGAGCCUCUGCUCGCUGGAUCCCGGCCAACUCACUUCCACUUCGAGGUGGACGCUCGAUCAUCAACUCCAUGACAUCGCCGCACGGCUUUUGACACACUCGAAAAGGAACAAGAGCGAUCGCGAUGUGAUAAAGGCCGCUUCCGCAGCGUCGGAUAGACCAUCGCAGACCGCCGUGCUGAAAGCAACAUCACUCCUUCUUCUCCAACGCUGUAGACACAGCUCCUCACUCGAUGUCAGCGGGCACGACAACUGCAUGUUAGCGCGGCACGUUCUCGAAGCUUUCCCUUCUAGAAGAAAGCCGCUGGAAACUCCUAUGGUUGAAUCAUCGAAAUCGCCUCGUCGUGCCAAUACAAGCUUGCCUCACUCCGACCAAGGCCAUGACGAUGGCUCCUUCGAACAAAGCUCCAUCGAACGCUGGAUUCGUACCAACUUGCACCGCGCUGAAGACAUAUGGGACUUGUUAUGCAACCACAGAUUCUCCUCUCCUGUCGAGAGCGAAGAGGUCUCCCCGGAUCAAGUCGCCGAGUUCUGGAUGAACGAUGCAGAGCGAAGGCGAUAUCAGAGGCAACUGCAAACCGCAACGUCCAGCCAACAGCGUCUCGAAGAUCAGCUGAGGCAGCUUCAACGUAGAAGGUCGGAUCAUGCAUCCCCUUCUGACUCGGACGGCGAAGACACCUCCGCCGACGACGACCUGCCCGACCUUCGCAUCCCCGGUCGCUCCAAGAAGCGUCCGCUUCAACCCAAAACUCAGCGCCAAAAGAAGCCUUCCCCCGCCAAACCACUCAAGCGAGCGCGCUCAAGCAAGCCGGCCCCGCUUGAUUCUCAGGGCAGAGAGGCAAGCAAUCGACAGAUCUGCAUGACCGAAGGUGCAUGGCGCACUCUGGCGGUCCUUCUUGUCCUCUGGCGAGACUCUUCUCUCCUCACAACGUCGGCGAACGGAAACAUGAAUGACGACAAAGCCGAUGCUCCCCCUCUGCUCUGGCAGUUCCCUGGCAGUCAUGCAGCUCAAUCGACGACUCGUCUGAAAUCCAAGGCAGCCGCCAACUCGGAUGGCACUGACGACAUCGAUCGAGCCUUGGAUGUCGCAUUUUCAUUCCCCCGCGUCCUUCCUGCAUACGCACUGUCGUCUUCCGAGACAAAGGCGGCCUCCGACCUGUUCGACACAGCCACGUCGAACGAAACUCGUGGCGACGCCCGGCGUAUCUCUUCAGUGUCGCAGGCGGAGCUGCUGCACAGGCAGAGACUCACGCAUCAGAAAGAAGAACGGAGCAUGGCAGUACGCGCCGAGACCGCUGCACAACUGCUCUUGUCUGUCUAUGAUCUGGUUGAACGAAGGUACAUCAACCCCGUCGCAUUCGUAGAGGGAAUCACGGAUCGCAUCAAGUUGCUACGUGCCAACGCGCUCCAUUAUCUUAUGCUCCCGCUCCUCGAUUGCCAGCCAUUCGUCGUAGCGAAAGUUCUCAGCAGUUACCUGCGUGAAGCAGCUCGCACACAUCCGGACCAUCAGAAGACACCAUCUCGCUUCCAGUUCCAGGUCCGCAGAAAUGAUGAGGACACGGUCGACUUCCAUGCAGCGCUGGCGUAUGCUGUUCCGCUCGAAGAGAAGACGAACGCGAGGCUGGCCAAUGCACGAGGCACGGACCGAGACGCCAACUCUGUCAGCGACUUUUUAUCACUUAACAGGCUUGAACUAGAGAACUCAGCAGAAUGUAGCUUUCCAUUGACUAUGCCAACACGUUCCGAGAGCCGCAAACGUACCUUCGUGCAACGUCAAAGACAAACGGCGGUGAAGUCCGAGUCGAGCUUACACAAACUGGGAAAGACUUCGAGCAAUGCCGACAGCAAGAAUGUGGACGCGGCCGUUCUGACAGAAGAGAUGAAGAAGGGUGGCUUAAUAGCGUUCGCGUUCGUUCGAACAUUGCAGAUGGAGGCACGGGACCGUAUCAACCAGGUGAAGUUUCUUGUUGCGCGGGCGAUGCUUAUGCUGCAUGCAAGCGAUGCGACUGCCUUUACGCAGCAAAAGGACGAAAAAAAGAACGAGUCGGGAAGAUCAACUGAGCAACAAGAGCCCGCUUUCAAGGCCUUCCUUUCGGAACUAAGUGAAGCGCUUGACCAAGACGCUGUCGAGUUCAAGAACUGCUUGUCAGCAAUGAAGUCGCACGUCUCCAGGGAUAACGCUGUGCGACAUCAACUUGCUACCUCAAGUCAGGGAACCCCCUUCGGCACCAAGUCCGAUUUGCCAGCUUUGCCAUCGUUCGAGGCAAUGGUGAAGCGAUGCGAGGGUUGUUGUGUUGCUGCUCAAAAUCUGGCUCUUUCCACGCGGCUAAUGAAGGAAUCUGUGCCUUAA